AUGGAUGGAGCAAAUCACUCUGAGGUGUCAGAGUUUGUGUUCCUGGGAAUAUCCGAUUCCUGGGAUAUCCAACUUCUCCUCUUUGUGUUCUCCUCUGUAUUUUAUGUGGUAAGCAUCAUGGGAAACUCCCUCAUUGUGCUCACGGUGGCCACUGACACUCAUUUACACUCCCCUAUGUACUUUCUGUUGGCCAAUCUCUCCUUCAUUGACUUGGGUGUUUCUUCUGUCACUUCCCCCAAGAUGAUUUAUGACCUUUUCAGAAAGAAUAAAGUCAUCUCCUUUGGAGGUUGCAUCACUCAGAUAUUCUUCAUUCACAUCAUCGGUAGUGUGGAGAUGGUGCUGCUCAUAGCCAUGGCUUUUGACAGAUACAUUGCCGUACGUAAGCCUCUCCACUACUUGACUAUUAUGAGCCGAAAAAUGUGUAUUUUUCUUCUGGUUGCUGCAUGGAUAAUUGGCGUGAUCCAUUCUGUGAUUCAACUGGUUUUUGUUAUAAAAUUGCCAUUCUGUGGCCCAAAUGUGUUGGACAGCUUUUACUGUGAUCUUCCUCGGUUCAUAAAACUUGCCUGCAUAGACACCUACAGACUAGAGUUCAUGGUCAUAGCCAACAGUGGGUUUAUAUCUCUGGGAUCAUUGUUCAUACUGAUCAUCUCCUACAUUUCUAUCUUUGUCACUGUUUGCAAACACUCUGCAGGGGACUCAACCAAGGCCCUUUCUACUUUGUCAUCUCAUAUCAUGGUGGUGAUUUUGUUCUUUGGCCCUUGCAUUUUUGUUUAUACCUGGCCUCACCCCACCUCACAGUUAGAUAAAUUCCUUGCCAUUUUUGAUGCAGUUCUCACUCCUGUUUUGAAUCCAUUCACUUAUACUUUCAGGAACAAAGCCAUGAAGAUGGCAAUGAGGAAAAUAUGCAGUCAACUCAUUAGUUUUAGAAGAAUUAUUCCCCACCUGCAUAGUGACUGA